AUGUGGACUGGCAGCCCUCCUCACACGCCCGCCGGCUGUCUCAACGUAACGGCGAGUAGCAGACCCAUGUGCCGCAUUUGCCACGAGGGAGACCAACAGGACUCGCUCGUGUCUCUGUGCAGGUGCUCGGGCACUACGGGCCUCCUGCACGUCACGUGCCUGGAGCGCUGGCUGAACGCCCGCAACGUGGACUGUUGCGAAAUUUGCUACCAGCGCUUUCCCACCGCGGGCCAAGCCACUUGCGUACGCCAGUUCUUCCACUGGGCGCUACACGGCAAUUCGCAGCGGGCGGUGCUGGGAGACUUGUUUUGCUUCGCGCUCCUGACGCCGGUGGCCAUGCCGAGCUGUUUCAUGUGCACCCAAAGCGCCUCGAAGCAAACGCACGAAGGCCGCAUCAUUGAGGCGGCCGGCCUGGUCACUCUCGCCUGCCUCUUGGUCACGGCCUACUUGCCCUGGUCGUUCCUCACUGUUCGCUUCCACUACCGAGCUUUCGCGGCAUGGCAGGCAAGGAAUCCGAUGCGCAGGAUCAUGGCACCACCUUUAGCCAGGGGAGCAGCUGCACGCGGCUAUGACAGGACUACGGUCAGUCAAUCGGCGGUCGUGCGAAAGCUGGUGCAUGUCGUCGCUGGAAGCGUCAACGAGACCGGGCGCGCGUCAGCGGCACAAGGUCAAGGCGGCGGCACGCGAGCGGCUUUGGAAUAUUGCCCGAACGUUUUUCCAGAAGACCUGCCUUCUGCGCAGCAGCAGCCGACCUACUCGCUUGGCCCAUCCGCAGGCUUCGCGUUUUGGUAG